CUCCCUACAUGAGCAAAUACAAUAAAAUCUCUCCAAGUUUGCCUGACAAACUAAAAUUUAUUUUGACCCACCCUGUGAUAUUGUUCAACCUUUUGAGAUUAGAACCUGAUGACCCCCCAGUCAACUUGAAACCAUCCCCACAUAAGCAAAUACAAUGAAAACAAAGGUUGCCUGGCAGAUUGCAUUUCAUUUUGACUUGUGAUGUUUUCCAGAUAGCUUGAGACAAUGAGUCUGACCCCACUGUCUGCUCCCCCCUCCAACUUUAGGUGAUCCUAUGAAAUCUCUCACAUGUUACCUAGGAGACUGACCCACCCUUUUAUUUUCAGCCAACCUAGAAACUUGUCCACUGUGUCACCUUACCCUCCCCCUUCUUAACACAUCCUGCCUGGAAAACAAAGGACAGACAUCACACUGCAUCAGAAGACAUUUGGAGCAGUAGAUCACCCAAGGACUACCAAAAUGCCCAAAGAUAUUACAGAGACCCAGCUUAUUGCAGCUGUCCAACAACAUCCACAGCUGUGGGACAAGUCCCAUCACCUGCAUUCUGUCAGGACUGCCCAAAGGAAUUGUUGGGAAGAAAUUGCUAAAUCUCUUACCCCAAACUGGAAUGAUCUUUCACAACUUCGGAAGAAAAAUCGCUUUGAAUCCUUCCAGACAAGAUGGAAGUCCUUGCAGGACAGGAUUCAAAAAGAUAUCCGCAAAGAUGAGGAUGCACAUCAAAGUGGAGCACCAGCAACACAUAAGGCACAUCCUCUAGCGGCAGAGCUUUCGUUCUUGAAGGAUUCUUUUGCUCCCAGAGAAACAUCUAAUAUUACAGAAGAAGAGGUGUCUUCAGACAUAGAGAGGGAACAGUUGGUUGACCGGUUGUCCCAGUUUGAGCCCUUUGUAGAAGACACAAUGGAGGAGGGGCCCAAUACCUCCGCUCCUACGGCCACUACCACUCCAGUCUCCCUCAGGUCAGAGCUUCCAAGCCAGCCUAGUCGUAUUGUCAACUCCCCUCCACGCCGUCGCAUGCGGGGACGUCGACGGAGGGAAACGGAAAUGUCUUUUGCUGAGGAAUGCAUAAUGCAGUUAAGAGCAGAAGAAGAAUUACGCCGGGAACGCAUACGUAAUGAUGUGUUCCUGGACAUGAACAAUAGUAGAACAAUCUUCUGCAGAAGCUUGUAUUUUCUAUUGGAGGAGCUAUCAGAUGAGCAUGAGAGCCAGUGCCGUGAGAAUAUAUACAGCUUUGUUAUUGCAUGCCUUAAAGCACAAAGAGAGUCGCGUCCCCAUGCUGCAUAGUCGUUCCUGGUGGAAGCAUACAGGACACUGUUCAUGAGGAUUACAGGCAACCAAGAAGUUCUGCCAUUUCACAUCAUGGUUCCCCAAACGAUGUUCCCCUCAACCAGCACUGGACCUGCAGGAACACAGUACCCUCUGGCAGUGACAGUGUCUUCCCCUCUACUACCCCAUGUAGUGAAUCAGCCCCCUUCUCUAAAAAGGAUGGCCCAUCCUUAUCCAAGUGUUUGAUAGUUCACCAUCAAUAUACCCCACUUGCCAGCAACUGUUAUGUUAACCACUUGCCUACUGGGCAAUUAUACCCCCUUCCUAACUAGGCCAAUUUUCAGCGCUUUCACAUUUUGAAUGACAACACGAUCCUUAUUUUUCACAGAUAUUUUUCUCAAUAGAGCUUUCUUUUGGUGGUAGCUAUUCACCACUGGGUUUAUUAUUUUUUUGCACUAUAAAUAA